GCGAUGAACCACCGCCCUCUAGCGGCAGUCCGCGUUAUUCAUUUGUAGGAAAUACGAUACUGUGUUUCAAACGACACAUGCCUCCAGAAGAAAAUAUCACAUUUUACUCGUUAAUGCGCAGUGCUGUGUUACACAGAGCAAGGGUAACAUAACAAAUGAUAAAGUCCAUCAUGUUUUGCAUAAGAUGGACUAAAUUUGGUUAAUCCAGGCGGUGUAAAUUUCACUUUCUAUUUGACUACCGUAUCUGUUCUGCUUCAACGUUUUACAUCCAGCAGCCUCAGCUUGCUCCGCCCCCGGUUACUGCAGCUCCGAUUACGAAAUAACUUACACCUUCGCGUGGGACCAUCUGCAAAAUAAAGUAACUGGAAACCCGUUUUACAUCACCAACAGCGAGCUUAUAUCUGGAUUCAGCAAGAUUUAUGAAUGAUGUCCAAUAUGGAUUAAUAAGCAGAUGCUGACGGCUGUUCUGAUAGGCACUCCUACAUUAGCCCCACCAUGUAUCAGACGUUACGGAUGCUUUUACUAUCAAAUGCUCGGUGCUGGGAUGCCGGCAGUCAGAAGUCAUAUCAGGACCUGUUUGAGAGUCUCGACACCAAUAAAGAUGGGAAGGUGGAUGUCGCUGAGUUGCGAGCGGGCCUCAAGGCAAUGGGCAAAUUCUGCCAGGGUGCUGCACAGAAAAUUUUGUCGUCUGGCGACCAAGACAAGGAUGGGAGUCUGGACUUCAACGAAUUCACCAAAUACCUGAAAGAGCAUGAGAAGAAGCUGUGGCUGACAUUUAAGAGUCUGGACAGAAACGACGAUGGACACAUUGAUGCCUCAGAGAUCCAACAGUCCCUUACAGAGCUGGGCAUGGAUGUCUGCAGAGAGGAUGCCCAGAGAAUCUUACAAAGCAUGGACAUUGAUGGCACCAUGAUGGUGGACUGGAACGAGUGGAGAGAACACUUCCUGUUAUACCCUGCCCAUGACCUGGAAGAGAUCAUACGCUACUGGAAACACUCCUCAGUGCUAGAUAUAGGUGACAGUCUUGCCAUCCCUGAUGAAUUCACAGAAGAGGAGAAGAGUUCAGGUCGCUGGUGGAAGCAGCUUGUCGCAGGUGCAGUGGCGGGGGCCGUCUCUCGCACUGGUACUGCCCCUCUGGACAGGAUGAAGGUCUUUAUGCAGGUUCACUCCUCUAAGUCCAACAGGAUAGGCCUGGUAGGGGGCUUCAAGCAGAUGAUCAUAGAAGGAGGGCUAACUUCACUGUGGAGGGGAAAUGGAAUCAAUGUUUUAAAGAUUGCACCUGAGACAGCAAUCAAAUUUAUGUCAUAUGAACAAUUUAAGAAGUUGUUAUCAUCAGAGGGCAAAAAGACUGAGACACACCAGAGAUUUAUGGCUGGCUCUCUGGCUGGGGCCACAGCCCAGACAGCCAUCUACCCAAUGGAGGUAUUAAAAACUCGGCUGGCUCUGAGAAACACUGGCCAGUAUUCAGGUAUGUUUCACUGUGCCAAGAUGAUCCUGAAGAAGGAGGGUGUGAAAGCGUUCUACAAGGGCUACAUUCCAAACUUGCUGGGCAUCAUUCCCUAUGCUGGGAUAGACCUGGCUGUGUAUGAGAGUCUCAAGAACACCUGGUUGUUGUAUUACGCCAAGGACUCCGCUAACCCUGGAGUUCUAGUGUUGCUGUGCUGCGGGACAAUCUCUAGUACCUGUGGCCAGCUGGCCAGCUAUCCACUCGCACUGGUACGCACACGGAUGCAGGCGCAAGCGUCUCUGCAGUCAUCAGACCAGCCCUCCAUGAGUUCUCUGAUGAAGAAGAUUGUCUGUCAGCAUUAGCUAUGUGGUUUAUGAGUAUAUGAAGACUGGCUUGGGAAUUUCUAAAUGAUUUUGCAAGCAAAUAAAAAAGAACAUUUCUUGUAUUUGUCAGACUUGAAAAUGCCCAAAAUAACUCUAAGAGGACUGAUGGACAUCAAACAUACGGAGCAUGACUUCCACCAGCUGUCACAAGAGUUCAGUGGAUGGAAAUCUGUAUGUAUACCAGUAAGGAUGGUCUGUCAGUAGCUAAAGCAUUAAGUCAUUUGUGGUGAGCAUGCUUGAAUUCUUAUCCUGCUGUUACACAUAAUUUACACACUGUCCAAAACAGUACUUGACACAAAGCUAGUACUGAACAUAAAUACACAUCGGGUUUCCUAAUUUAUGCUACUGUUACUCUUUUAAAGCUGUGAUCAAACCACAAUGACAGUUCCGCUCACGCUGGAGUGCAGUUGUGCUUUUUGUUAAGAGUUAAUGUCUUAUUUUAAGUCAGAGUGAGAAAAAAAUGACACUAUGCCACUUUAAAUUACCCUCAGAGGAAGUUUAACACACAGCGACGUCAGCGCCAGACAAACAGUGCUCCAGUCAGCAGCUGUCAACUAGUAAUAACUGUCCCUGAAAAAUCGGUAUCUGUUAAGACUGGAAUACUAUGUACAUGAAGAAACACGCAUGCUGUGCAAUGUGAAAUUCCACAUUCUCUAUUUAAUAUUUACUUAAAUGUGCCUUACAGCCUCUUGUUGUAAACCUAUUGCUGUACUGUAUAUCUGUUCUCAGUUAUGGUUAUUUAUGGUUUGGUAUGGUUACUACAAGAUAACAUUGCAACACUUUUAAGAUAAUGGUGAUAAUUGGUCAUUGGACUGAAAUGCUUGCAAAGAGUGUGUUCUUGUCUUUUGUCACCUCUCACAUCAACACAUCAAUGCUC